AUGCCAGUAGGUGACGUAUCAAUGCCACAAAUGCACGUGGUGAAAGGGGUGAGAAUCGGAACGGCUGAAGCUUAUGUGCGCUAUCAGAACCGACGUGAUCUUGUCAUUUUCGAAUUUGCUGAAGGAACGAAUGUUGCGGGUGUUUUCACUCAAAAUGCAUUCUGUGCAGCGCCCGUGCAUGUGUCAAAAGCGCACUUACAAGUGGCGAAUCCGCGCUACCUCAUUAUUAAUACUGGCAAUGCCAAUGCAGGUACAGGCAAAACGGGCAUGCUGAAUGCUGAACGUACUUGUGCAAAAUUGGCUGAGCUUACCAGUGUGCAAGCAACGGAAGUGUUACCGUUUUCAACAGGGGUGAUUGGUGAACAAUUGCCGUUGGAGCGUUUGUUAAAUGGAUUACAGCCUGCAUUAAAUAGUUUGAGUACUGAUGCUUGGGAUGCUGCUGCUACCGGGAUUAUGACCACAGACACCACACCAAAAGGUGCAUCUGAGCAAUUCGAAUUGGAUGGCGUCACGUAUACCAUGACGGGUAUUUCUAAGGGUGCAGGCAUGAUUCGUCCCAACAUGGCAACGAUGUUGGGCUAUGUUGCAACCGAUGCACCUAUCAGCCGCGAGUUGGUUCAGCAACUGUUGAGCGAAACGGUCAAUGUUUCUUUCAACCGAAUUACCAUUGAUGGUGAUACUUCAACCAAUGACUCCUGUAUCUUUGCGGCUACGGGUCAAGCGGGUGGUGUUGAAAUUAGCUCAACCCAAGAUGCACGCUAUACCGUAGUGCUAGAUGUACUCACGCGUAUGAUGAAACGUCUUGCACAACUGAUUGUGCGUGAUGGUGAAGGUGCAACCAAGUUUAUUACGGUUGCUGUUGAAGGUGGGUAUGACACGCAAGAAUGCUGUGAUAUUGCUUAUAGUAUUGCGCAUUCACCUUUGGUUAAAACUGCGAUUUUUGCGUCAGAUCCGAACUGGGGACGUAUCUUGGCUGCGAUUGGUUAUGCUGGGGUUAAAAAUUUAGAUGUUGAAAAAAUCCAAGUUUGGUUAGAUGAUGUGCAAAUCUGUAAGGAUGGUGGUGCGGCUGCCGAUUACAUGGAAGCGGAAGGUGCUCGUGUAAUGUCACAAGCUGAAAUGACCAUUCGUGUAGAUCUAGGACGCGGGGCAGCGAAAGACACAGUGUAUACCUGUGACUUAUCUUAUGACUAUGUGAAGAUUAAUGCGGAUUACCGCUCUUAA